AUGAAAUAUGCUGUUUACUCUCGCCAAAGCGCCUUACUCAUUAAGCGGCUGGCGUUCAUAAAAGAAACCGCUAAAAAACUUAGUCAUCCCUUGAGUUCGCUCCUCAUCCAUCAAAUCAAGGCAUAUAAGGAGGAGGUGCAUUCGAAGUAUAACUCAUACCUGGAUUUAUAUAAAAGGCUUAUGUACCAGGAUGACCUCCCCGAAGAUUAUAAUGAAGAUGAGUUCGACACUCUUGACAUAAAAGUGAACGAAGAGUAUGCUGCUGUCACGGCAUUGCUCCUUACCUUGCUCCCGGACGAAACCCCCCCCUCUACUCCUAAUGCGAAUAACACUACGGGUACAUUUUUGAACAAGUCCUCCGUCCGAUUACCAAAAUUAACGUUACCUAAAUUUGCUGGUGACAUAGAAUCGUGGAUCACGUUUCAAAAUCUCUUUGAGUCUACUAUUCAUAAACAGGAUUCUCUAGACAACAUUGAAAAGUUUCAAUAUCUUUUGGGAUGCCUUUCCAGCGAACCCCUCAUUCUUAUCAAGCAUUUGCCCCUCACUUCAGCAAAUUACACUAUCGCCUGGGAUACUCUCACUAAACGAUAUAGCAACAAAAGACGGAUUGUAACCUUUCAUAUCGGCAAGAUCAUCGAUGCAGCUCCUGUCUCUAUGAGUUCCGGCUCCUCUCUCCGAACUUUCGUGUCUUUUUUGUCUAGCCACAUGGACGCUUUGGAUGCGCUUGGUCAAACUCAGAAUGAUGACAAUUCUGUAUUGACUACAGUUAUCCUACGGAAGUUCGAACCCGAGCUCAGACAACGAUUCGAGGAAGAAAGAAAAGACGCUUUAGUUUUUCCCACUGUCUCCGAAAUUGUGGACUUUUUGGAGGAUUUGGCUCGACAAUUGGAGGACUCUAUGUUGGGUCUCGGCAAGGAAACUCGCAAGUCUUCCAAGCCACCCAAUAACUCUCCUCAACGCCCACCUAAAGCUGCUCUGCACGCCUCUAAAUCUCCAAAUUUCAAGUGCUCUCUGUGCAAGAGCAACAAUCACAGCAUCUAUAAAUGCUACAAAUUCUCGGAUCUCUCGGCAGAAAAGCGCAGGGAAUUUAUUAAGAGUGCUGGCAAUUGUUUCAAUUGUCUUGGUACCUCUCAUUCAGUCGCUCAGUGUGGCUCAAAGGUUACUUGUCAUACUUGUAAGGACAGACAUCACACCUUACUCCAUCGCCCUUCUUCGAAUGACAAACAGGGUGACUCCACACUGACCACAAAUGGCUCAGGGCCCCCCAAAUCUGCGCAUACAUGUGCUUCCCAGCAUAAUACUACACAGAUUGUGCUGUUAGGCACGGCUCUUGUCCUAUGCAGAGACUCAAGCGGGGAACUUCAAACAGUACGCGUGAUGAUCGAUAACGGAUCACAAAUCAGUGCUAUAACAGAAAAAUGCGCUAGGCGGCUUGGACUCAAAAUUCAACCUUUUCAACAGCGCUUAUCGGGCCUCUCGAAUUCCUCCGUGCCCAACCCCAUCGGCCGCUCUGACUGCACUCUCAUCUCACGCACUCAGCCAUCAUCACAAAUUAAAGCUUCAGCUCUCGUACUGAAAUCAAUUGCAGGACCACAGCCUCCCCUCAAUGUAGCUGCUUCUGUAAUAGCCCAAGUCAACUCUCUGCAACUCGCUGACCCUGACUUCCACAAGACUUGCGAAAUCGAUUUUCUCCUCGGAGCUGAUUUGUAUGGUGACGUCAUGCUGGGUGAAAAGCUCCAAAAUCAAUCAAAUCCUCAUUGUUACUCAUCAAUUUUUGGAUGGGUCCUCAUCGGAAAUGCUCCUGCAUCUGACUCUCGAUAUUGUCAUCUCAAUUUUGUCUCAUUUUUGACUACUCUCCGACCCCUUGAUAAUGCUCUCUGCAAAUUUUGGGAAAUUGAAAGCAUCUCUCAGAAAAGGGCUCCUGACCCUGCGGAAACAGCUUGUGAAAAUUUAUUCGCUCAGCAGCACUCUCGUACUCCGCAAGGCCGUUAUGUAGUGCCCCUCCCCUUUUCUGGUGACCCAAAAAAUCUCGGCUCCAAUCGAGCUCUAGCUCUCAAACAAUAUUUAUCAUUGGAAAGAAGGCUCAAAAAGGACCCUCCUCUUUAUGAAGCCUAUCAAAAUUUUUUCUCUGAGUAUUUGAGUCUUGGUCAUAUGAAGCUCGCAGAUAAGCCCUCCAAAUACAUCAUACCACAUCAUCCAGUCAUCAAAGAGUCCUCUAGCACCACUAAGGUCCGCGCCGUAUUUAAUGGUUCGGCUCGUGAUGAAAAUCAGCGCUCUCUCAAUGAUUUUCUAAUGAAAGGACCUAAACUGCAACGGGAUAUUCCGGAUAUUAUCUUCAACUUCCGCCUGCAACCGAUAGCUCUCAGCUGUGAUAUCAAGAUGAUGUAUCGGCAAGUUCUAGUUCGAGACGAAGAUUGCCAGUAUCAACACAUAUUCUGGCGCCCUCAUCCUGAGUCUGAAAUUCAGGAAUAUGAGUUACUGACUGUAACUUACGGGCUCACCCCAUCAGCCUUCCUCGCUCAGCGCUCGGUGAGACAACUAUCUAUUGAUGAAAAGCCAGAUUUUCCUCUAGCAUCAAAAUCACUGCAUGAUUAUACUUAUGUAGAUGACAUCACAACCGGAUCUUCUAAUGUCCAUUGCACUAUCCGACUCAAGGACGAAUUAAUCGGCAUCGCAGAUAAGGGAGGUUUUACCCUCCAUAAAAUGGCCAGUAACUCCCCGGAAGUCAUGGCAGACAUACACCCGGAUAGGCGCGCCACUUUUAUCAGUAUAAGGGAUUUCGAAGAUGGUUUCCUAUCGGUUUUAGGCUCCGGUUGGAUUCCAGAAAUAGAUUCGUUCAUUUAUAGGAUAUCUACGUAUCCCUCAGACACACCUGUCACCAAGCGCUCAGUUCUAUCCUAUAUUGCUCGUGCCUUCGAUCCUUGCGGUUGGUUGGCCCCGGUCAUCUUUUGGAUGAAACACUUCAUGCAGCUGUUGUGGCGACGAACUCUCGACUGGGAUCAACUCGUAGAGCCUGAUCUGCAUAAGCUCUGGAUGCAGUUUACUAGUGAAAUGCACCAACUUGAGAACUUCAAAGUCCCUCGCCUCCUCAUCUCUCCUCACUCAAAGGACUUUCGUUUAGUAGGAUUCUGCGAUGCCAGUCUCCUUGGCUACGGUGCCGUGUUCUAUCUGGUGUCAUCUCGCUCUGAUGGAAAUUUCGACUCGAAUUUGAUUUGCGCUAAAAGUAAAGUCGCUCCUUUAUCGCCAACCCUCACCAUCCCUCGUUUAGAACUCUCCGCAGCUUUGCUUCUCGCGCAACUUUUGCAGUCUCUCGAGGUGCAUUUUGACUCGCUCAGUCUAACUGAAAUUCUCCUCUUCACUGACUCAACUACUGUGCUGGGAUGGCUGCAAAAAUCCCCCCAUCUACUGCAUACUUUUGUCUCCAAUAGAGUUAGUCGAAUAAUCGAAAUUUGCCCCUCCGGAAUUUGGCACCACAUCUCCACGGAUUUCAACCCAGCCGAUUUACUCUCCCGAGGUGCGACUCCCUCUGCACUCCUCGAUUCUCCCCUGUGGCUCCAUGGACCCCCUUUCCUGCGUCAACGCUUCGACUCAUGGCCGCUGAUGCCUGCAACCUUACCGGAAGAACUGCCUGAGAUAAAGCAAUCAUAUGCGGUAACAGUUCCGCAAAAUUAUAAUUUCUGGAUCGAACUCUUCUCUAAAUUUUCCUCAUUAUCCAAGCUCGUUGGAACCAUUGGAUAUAUAAGGCGCUUCGUAAUGCUUACUCGCAAGUCGCGCUCAAACCAUCCUCAUCACUCCUCAACCAUUCUCACUCCUGAGGAACGGGACUCUUCUCGCGACUUCUGCGUGCGAAUCACUCAACGUUUUCAUCUCUCCAAGGAAAUCCACACAAUCGAAUCUCAAGGUGAAUGCCCUCCCACCUUUGCCUCUUUAUCUCCUUUUAUUGACUCCCUGGGUCUUCUCAGGGUAGGCGGUCGCUUGAAACAUGCUAAUCUCCCUUUAAAUGCGAAGCACCCCUUUCUGAUUCCCCGAGAAUCUCACUUGGCUCAGUUAAUUUGUCACCACUAUCAUAAUAUUAAUUUUCACUCUGAAAUAACCUCCACUCAAGCAGCUAUCCAACGGAACUACUGGAUUAUCGGCAUUCGGGGACUGCUGAAGAAGGUAAUACACCAGUGCAUCCGGUGUUACAAGUACAAGGCCCGAUCUUUCCAACCUGUAAUGGCGGAUUUACCUCCCAUCCGAUUCUCUCAAAUUAGAUGCUUCUUGAACGUCGGAGUCGAUUAUGCAGGACCGAUGCACAUCAAAGAACAUAAUAGGAGAAACGCUCGAAUUUCUAAAGCUUGGAUCUGUAUAUUUGUUUGCCUAUCCACUAAGGCUCUACACUUAGAAUUGGUGACAGAAUUAACGGGCGCCAAAUUUAUGGACGCUCUUGAUCGUUUCAUGGCCCGACGAGGAUUAUGUCAACGAAUUAUGUCUGACAAUGGAACUAACUUCACUAAAACGGCUCGUCAUCUCCGAGAAGUUUUCCAAUUCCUCGCCAAGCAUCAAGAUGAAAUAAGCGAGCACCUUUCUCAACGAAAUAUUCGUUGGUCCUUCUCAACGCCUUGCGCGCCAUGGACCGGGGGAAUCUGGGAAGCUGCAGUAAAAUCGGUGAAGCAUCACUUACGCAGGUCUCUGGAGCCUCAUCCUCUCACUUAUGAAGAAUUCUCUACAGUGCUACACAAAGUCGAAGCCAUUCUUAACAGUCGCCCUUUGUGCCGUCUGUCCUCAGAUCCAAAUGAUGGAAUCGAUUAUCUGUCACCCGGCCAUUUUAUCAUCGGUGCCCCCCUCACGGAUGUCCCUGAGUAUGAUUAUUCAGUUACUCCCUUGAACCGCCUCGAUAGAUGGGAACUCCUUAGGAACCUCCAUCAAGCUUUCUGGAAGAGGUGGUCCAAUGAAUAUUUGCAUUCUCUUAUGCCCCGAGAAAAAUGGCGAAACCACCAAUCCCCUCCUAAGCCUGGAGAUCUGGUGUUUGUACUUGGUGAGUCCUCCCCACCGAGAAAUUGGCCUCUUGGACGUAUAGUGAAACUUCUCCCCGGGCGAGAUAAAACCCCUCGCACCGCCGAAGUCCAUUUCAAUGGCACGAAGCUCCUGCGCCCUCUUCGCAAAUUGGUUCCACUACCAGACCCAUGA